AUGCCCCGCGAGCUGAAGAAGAGAGGCCGCAGAGGCGAAGAGAAGAAGAGAAAGCUGGAAGAGGAGGAAGAGGUGCACCAAGAAUUUGCGCAACCGAAGCGACAGAGGACCGAGGAUGACGGCGAUGAAGCUGCCGAACAGCAGGAUUUUGUUGGACUUCCCCAGGACGGCGCAUACACCAAUGGCGACUACCAGAACGGCGAGGGUCAGGGCCCGCCUGUCGAACAGGUCUUCUUCGGUAUGCUGGACGAGGAAGAGCAGGAAUACUUCAAGCGCGCCGACGAGAUGCUCGAGAUGAAUAACUUUGCCGAUGCCGAGGAGAGGUCUCUGUUCCUGGCCAACGUCUAUCGCGAAGCCAAUGGCAAGGAGCUCAAGAUUGCCAACAGUCAAUCGUGCUCGAGAUUGAUGGAGAGAUUGAUCCAACUGUCGACACCGGCCCAACUCAAGACGCUAUUCCAGAAGUUCAGCGGCAACUUCAUGCACCUGUUCCAACAUCGCUUCGCCUCGCAUUGUUGCGAAAAGCUCUUCAUCCAAGCCGCACCCGCCGUCACCGAAGAACUACUCCACCCGCCAAAGGUUGAAGACCAGACGACUGCAGAUGGCGAUGUCUAUGUCAGCAUGGAGAACCUCUUCCUGUUCACACUCGGAGAGAUGGAGGGCAAUGUUGGUUUUCUUAUGACCGACCGCUUCGCUUCCCACACACUGCGCGUCCUGCUGCUUGUAUUGGCUGGUGAGCCUCUGUCCGACUCGACCAACAAGUCUCUGAUGCAAAGCAAGAAGAAGGAACAUGUCACAGUCAACGGUAGCAGCAACGACAAGGAAGAUGUCACAACCAACGACAAGGAAGACCGCCGCCCCGUCCCCAAGUCCUUCACCGAGGCACUUGAGAAGCUCAUGACGGCCAGUGUUUCCGGACUCGAUACAACCAGCCUUCGCGCACUCGCCACACAUCAACUCGGCAACCCUGCCUUGCAACUUCUCAUCAGACUCGAGCUCACUCACUUCGGCAAGUCAAAAGCGAAGGACGAGAACUCCAUUUUCCGUACCCUCCUUCCCGACGACCCAAUCACCCCCGAAUGCGACAGCGCUUCCUUCAUCAAUGGCCUCCUCUUUGACCCCAUCGGUUCUCAUCUUAUCGAGUGCAUUGUCGAGCAUGCUCCCGGAAAAAUGUUCAAGAGUCUGUACAGAGGUCUGUUGAAGGACCGUAUCGCAUCACUGGCUCGCAACGAGAUUGCUUGCUACGUUGCCUGUAAGGUCCUGGAAAGAUUGAGCAAGGACGAUCUUCUGGAAGCACACGAGCAGAUCUGCCCUCAGAUCCCCAGUCUGCUCGAGCGCAACCGCUUCGCCGUCAUCAAGACUUUGAUCGCCAGAUGUGCUGUGAGAGAAAUUGACAGCCAAGCUAUUGCCGUACAACUCAGCGAAGCAUAUAACGGCCCCGAAGGCUUCGACAUCGUGAAGUUGCUCAAGCCCGAGACUGAUGAAGCAGCUACCAACGGCAACCCAGCACCCGAAGGCAUGCCCGCACACAUUGCCGAGGAGCGCGCAAAUCCUCACACCAUCAAGCUACAAGGUUCUCUGCUCGCCCAGUGCAUGAUCCUGGUCCCUGGAGCCUUGUCUGCCCUUGUUCUCGAAAGCCUCGCCUCCCUCGCCCCAUCCACACUACAGAAAAUGGCAUCCGACACCAUCAUCUGCCGCACCCUCCAAGCCGCAAUGACUUCCCACAAUGCCUCCAUAAUCUCGCGCCGAAAACUGAUCCAACAAUUCUUCGGUCACAUUGGUGAAAUGGCACUAGACAGCAAAGCCUCGCGCGUAGUCGACGCCAUCUGGGAAGGCACACACGGCCUCGCCUUUAUCCGCGAACGCAUUGCCGAAGAACUAAACGAAAACGAAGCCGCCCUCCGCGAUAACCCUGCGGCCGCGCCACGCCGUGGCGAAUGGGUCAAGCAAUCCAAAAUCAAGGCUUCAAACGACGGAUUCCAAUCGUUUUCUGAAGUCGACACGAAUCUCAAAGCUGCGAAUGAGCAAAACACGCAUGCGAAUAAGAAGACUUGGCAUGCUAACCAACAAGCAUCUGCUGCGCCUCAAGCACAAGGAGGAGAAAAGAAAUCGGCUAUUCAGUUGGCUAGGGAGAGACAUGCGGCCAACAAAGCUAGAUCGCAGCAAGCGAGGGAAAAGCAUGUGGCUGGAGGUAGCAGACCGAGUGGAAGCUCAAACUCGAGUAAGCAUGCACCGGCUGAGGAGAAGCCAUUGCAAAGAGCAGAUGAGGUCAAUGAUCUCCUCAACUCGAUUCAAGAACUCAUCAUCCCUUUCAUUCGCUCUGCAGAUGAGGAUGCCGCGACAAAGCACACUGGCCACGGUCUCGCCAUCGAGGGCCAAGGACCCCGAACCGCUCUCGUCGAAUACCACCCUCCAAACAAGCUAAAGUCUCUCUUCGACGUUCAACUUCCCGAGUCUUCAGCUGGAAAAGAAGGACUACUUGAUGUGGUGCAAAAGCUGCUCAAGUACAGUGUCAAUACUUGGGAUCAGGGAUUCAUGGAUAAAUUGUAUGCGUCCACCAAUGCCGUUGGUGUGGUGUCUGAGCUGCUUCUUGCGGUUUUGAAUACGAAUCUGCAUGUCUAUCAGGUAUCCCCUGCAUUGACGAUUAUGGAAAAGACGACGAGUAAGGCUUUGGCUAAGCUGUUUGGCUUUGGCGGCGCACAUGGAGGCGGUAUCUCGCAGCCAGGAGGCUCGGCUAGCAAUGCUACGAGUAUUGCCAUUGCGAGAAACACUUUGCACCCGGAGACAAAGACAGACGGUAUCAAUGGCCGCAGGUUCACUCUGUUUACAUCCGCUCAUGGCCAUUACUCGCUGGAAAAGGCGGCGCAGAUGUUUGGCUUCGGAUCUUCUGCUGUCAUUGGCGUUGCUGUGGAUAAGCAGGGGCGGAUGCUUCCUUCCGCUCUCGACGAAGCAGUUCAAAAGUCAAAGGAUGCAGGCGAAGUCCCUUUCUACGUCAACGCAACCGCUGGAACCACAGUCCUUGGCUCUUACGAUCCUAUCGGCCUCAUCGCCGACGUCUGCCAAAAGCACAAACUCUGGCUCCACAUCGAUGGCUCUUGGGGUGGUCCUGUGAUCUUCUCUGCCACUCACAAGCACAAGCUUGAGGGUGUAGAACGCGCAGACAGUAUCGGUGUCACUCCGCAUAAAAUGCUUUCGGUGCCCAUGACUUGCUCCUUCCUGCUCGGCAAGGAUAUGCGUCAGUUCCAGCGUGCAAUGACAUUACCAGCCGGCUAUCUCUUCCACAGCGACGAAGACGAAGAUGCAUCUACUGCAAACACCACUGAAGCCUCAACUCCAGAUGUCGAGCGCCCUGAAGCAGAAAUCUGGGAUCUCGCAGACUUGACACCCCAAUGCGGACGCAGGGGCGACGCGCUCAAACUCGCUUUAUCAUGGAUCUACUACGGAUCCUCUGGCUUUGAAGCUUCCAUCGAUGCUGCCUUUUCCGCCGCCUCCACUCUAGCUGAUUUGGUAUCUUCAAACCCUGCGUUUUCGCUGGUAUCAGAGAACCCUCCUCCUUGUUGGCAAGUUUGCUUUUACUAUAACAAGCAAUCUGGAGCUGCAGACAAAAACUCCAAGAUUACGGAGAGCAUUACCAAGAAGCUUAUUCCUAGGGGCUUUAUGGUUGAUUAUGCGCCAGGCGAGGAAGGCAAGUUUUUCAGGGUGGUCGUUAAUCCGGCGACGAGGAGGGGAACACUCGAGGGGUUGGUCAAGGCUAUUGAGGAGAUUGGUGGGGAAUUGAAGGUAUAG